AUGGCCCCAGGUUUGGUAGUUCCGACAUAUGAAGGGCAGAGGGAACCUUCAAAAUUCCCAAGCAACGCAACCAGUCGACAGUAUGCAGAAUCGCUCGAUGGCGCCGACCCAUUGCGCUCAUUUCGUGAAAAGUUCAUCAUCCCAUCGAAGGCUAACCUGAAGACCACAAAACUAGCGAAGCCAGGCCUUUCUUCAGAACCUAGUAUCUAUUUCUGUGGAAACUCUCUUGGUCUGCAGCCACGCGCUACGGCAAAAUAUCUCGAGGCACACCUCGAUACGUGGUCGUCAAUUGGAGUUUGCGGCCAUUUCAGAGAUCUGGAAGGGUCGCCCUUGAAGCAAUGGCAGCUUCUGUCAGAGCAAGCCGCAGCAGACAUGUCACGGAUUGUGGGUGCUGCUCCAGAAGAGGUUGCUGCUAUGGGAACCCUUACGUCGAAUUUGCACCACUUGCUUGCCAGUUUUUAUACGCCGACGGAUUCCAAGCACAAGAUUUUGCUUGACUGGAAGGCCUUUCCUAGUGACCAUUAUGCCAUUGAAUCACAAGUCAAGUGGCACGGCCGCAAUCCUGAAGACUCCAUGGUCUUGAUCGGCCCAAACGAGGGCGAGUAUGCCAUUUCGACGGAAAAGAUUCUGUCGACUAUUGACGAGCAUGCUUCCGAUGCCGCAUUGCUUUUACUGCCCGGAAUUCAAUACUAUAGCGGGCAGCUCUUUGACAUUCCAAAGAUUACCGCACACGCCCAGGCCCGCGGCCUCGUGGUGGGAUGGGAUCUUGCACAUGCCUAUGGAAAUGUAGAUGUCAAGUUGCAUGACUGGAAUGUCGACUUUGCAGUAUGGUGCACGUAUAAGUACGGCAAUGCAGGUCCCGGUGCAAUCGGAGGCUUGUUUGUUCAUGAGCGACAUGGAACUGUCGAUUAUAGCCAGGGAGAAGAUAAGCCCGUCUUUCGUAACCGCUUAGCAGGCUGGUACGGUGGCGAUCGAUCAGUGAGGUUCAAUAUGGACAACAAAUUCAAACCUAUUCCUGGCGCCGGCGGAUUCCAAGUCUCGAAUCCGUCUGCCGUAGAUUUGGCUUCGUUGUGCUCUGCAUUAUCCGUCUUUAACGAGACAUCCAUUGCUGAAGUCAGAGCCAAAUCACUCGCUAUAACUGGGUACCUCGAGUAUUUGUUACUUGCUGGAACCACCGACGAAACGAGACAGUUCACUAUCAUAACACCGACAGACCCGCAUGCACGCGGCGCACAGUUGAGUCUGUUGCUCAAACCCGGUCUUCUCGAUCGCGUCUCGCAGCGAUUGGAAGAUGCUGGAAUCAUCUGUGACAAGAGGCAGCCCGAUGUCGUUCGUGCGGCUCCUGCGCCGUUGUACAAUACUUUUACGGAGGUCUGGGAAUUUGUGAACGAGUUCAAGACGGCUCUGCAGGGUUGA